AUGCCUAUUGCAAAGGCCUGUCCGUUCGAUGAUGGGACAGUUGAAACCCCUAUUAACCGGGAAUCGUGCAUGAUCGACUUGGUCUCCAGCUUCAUCACCAAGAGCGACAACUAUGACCGCAAUCACGGACCGAUUCAGCGAAGAAACGGAUGCGACCACCGCGUUGAGGUCAACGGAUUCGUCUCUAACCCGCUGAACCUGACUAUCGAACAACUGGUCAAUGACUUUCCACAGCACUCCGUCACAUGCACCCUGCAAUGUGCUGGAAAUCGUCGCCAUACCAUGCGCACCCGCAUCAAGGAGGUCCUCGGCGUCGAUUGGUUUGACGGAGCUGUGAUGAAUUGUACGUGGGAAGGCCCUCGAGUUCGAGACAUCCUACUCGCGGCCGGAGUCGACGUGUAUCAAGCCAUGCAUACCGAUGUAACACCUCGGCAUGUCCAUUUUGCCAAUUAUGGUGGCAAGACCCAGCAAGAUGAAUGGUAUGGAGGCAGCAUUCCCUUCGACAGGGUCAUGUGUCCCGACAUGGAUGUGAUCCUGGCAGUCAAGAUGAACGGUCUACCUUUGCCUGAUCGUCACGGCUUCCCCGUCCGUGCUAUUGUGCCCGGCGUACUUGGGGCGCGCUCUGUGAAAUGGCUAGAGCGCAUCACUGUCGCCGACAGGGAGUCACCCUGUUUCUAUCAGCAGCGUGACUACAAAGUCUUACCACAAGAUGCAGUUGAUGCCGCAACCGCAGCCAAAUAUUGGGCCCAGUGUCCGGCAAUGCUCGACAUGCCCAUCAACUCUUGUGUCGCCUGGCCGACUUCAGAGUCAACCAUCACGUUGCCGGCCUCGGGUGAAAUUGAGGUGUAUGGCUACGCCGUUCCACACGGUCAUCAAGGUCCCGUCGUCAGGGUACAAGUCUCUGGAGACGAGGGCCGGACUUGGACUGAUGCGCAUCUUGAGUACGGUGGCAAAGACGCAAGUAAAUGGACCUGGGUGCUGUGGAACGCAAGGAUCAAGAUGGAGAGAGGUCAAGGCAAAAAGAUAUUUGCCAAAGCCAGUGAUGCUGGCGGCAAUCAGCAAGAACACGAAAGAUCCCCCUGGAAUUUGAGAGGAGUCGCUUAUAAUGGGUAUGAAGCUGCCUUCAACCUGACGAUUGACUAG